AUGGACACACAAGCAGUAAUAUCUCAGAAGGACAUCUAAUGUUAUCCCCGGAUUGUGACAUAAAAGAUAAUGACAGUAGAGAGGAUUCUCCAGGAGAUAACCCCAUUACCCCAGUUAUACAUCCAGCUCUAUCAGCUGAUCCCUGUGAUCCUGGGAAAUGUUCUCCUGAUCACUCUGAUAUUGGUGCAUCUGUUACAGCUCUGAGAGUAGAUUCAGUGUUUCCCUGUUCUAUAGAUGCCAAAUGUUUUACACAGAACACCAAGCGUAUUAACCCACACACAGGUAAGACAAGUGAGAAGGCAUUUCCAUGUUCUGAGUGUGAGAAAUCUUUUACAUACAAAUCAUAUCUUCUUAGACAUAACAGAAGUCACACAGGUGAGAAGCCAUUUCCAUGUUCUGAGUGUGGGAAAGGUUUUGCACACAGAUCACAACUUGCUACCCAUCAGCAAAGUCACACAGGUGAGAAGGCAUUUCCAUGUUCUGAGUGUGGGAAAUGUUUUGCACACAAAUCAGUUCUUGUUAAACAUCAUAGAAGUCACACAGGUGAGAAGCCAUUUCCAUGUUCUGAGUGUGGGAAAUGUUUUGCACUUAAAUCAUAUCUUGUUAAACAUCAUAGAAGUCACACAGGUGAGAAGCCAUUUUCUUGCUCUGAGUGCGGGAAAAGUUUUACCUGGAAAUCCAAACUUGUUGUACAUCAGAGAAGUCACACAGGUGAGAAGCCAUUUCCAUGUUCUGAGUGUGGGAAAUGUUGUGUAAGUAAAUCAGAACUUGUUACACAUCUGCGCAGUCACACAGGUGAGAAACCUUUUCCAUGUUCUGAGUGUGGGAAAUGUUUUGCAUGUAAAUCACAUCUUGUUAUACAUCAGAGAUGUCACACAGCUGAGAAGCCAUUUCCAUGUUCUGAGUGUGGGAAAUGUUUUACACGUAAAUCAUAUCUUGUUACACAUCAGAGAAUACACACAGGUGAUCAGCCAUUUUCUUGCUCUGAGUGCGGGAAAAGUUUUACCUGGAAAUCCAAACUUGUUACCCAUCAGCAAAGUCACACAGGUGAGAAGGCAUUUCCAUGUUCUGAGUGUGGGAAAGGUUUUGCACACAAAUCACAUCUUGUUACACAUCAGCGAAGUCACACAGGUGAGAAGCCAUUUUCUUGCGCUGAGUGCGGGAAAUGUUUUACACAAAAAUCAAAUCUUGUUAUACAUCACAGAAGACAUACAGGUGAGAAGCCAUUUCUAUACUCUGAGAAAUAAAUCAUCUCUUGUUGCACACAAUAGACAUCACUCAGGUGAGGAACCAUUUUAAUCUUCUGGAGUAUACUCAUCAAUGCCAUGCAUUGUUCUUCAAGGUUCUUAUCCUAUCUCCUAUGCUUUUUGCAAUAUACAUGUUACCACUGGGUGAAAUAAUCAGAUGUCAUGCCCUCAUCUACCACUGCUAUACAGAUGACCUGUCUUUGCUCUAGGUACUGAGAGCCCAGUACCAAUCCUAAAUGGUUGUCUAGCUGAGCUCCAGGUGUGGGUGAUGCCAGUUGGCUGUGAUUCAGUCCUGGUGAAACAGGUCUUUAAGCUCACCACCAAAGGGCAGCGCUACAGUUCAGCUUUGCAAACCAACCAGACUUACGCUUGGGGGUUCAGAGUUACAAAAUGCUGAUCAUGUGCAGAAUCUUGGUGUCCUGGAUAGUGGAGUGACACUUAGACAUCAGUAUCUGCCACUAUCAGAUCCUCAUCUGAGGAACAUAGCCAGACUCCAACACUUUAUUCCCUCAGAAGAUCUACCUACAGUCAUACAUGCACUUGUAUCAUCACACAUAGACUACUGCAAUGUCCUCUAUCUGGGUCUCCCAGCAAAAGAGUUGCACCGCUUGUAGCUUGUACAGAAUGCAGCAGACAGGCUGUUACCUAACCAGCCCGUUCCUGCCACAUAAUACCCAUUCUCUGCUCCCUUCACCGGCUGCCUGUAAGAUGGUGACUAUUACAUAAUCUUACUGACUCCCAAUCCUACAUGACCAGGGUCCAUGGUACCAGAAGCAGCUUCUGCCUCCUUACUGCCCUGUUUCUUCCAUCUGCAGAUGAAGGACUGUUACCAGCAGUACCAAGAAUCCCCAAGAAGUUCUGAGAUGUCAGAGGUGGAGACAGGGUGGGUGGCACUAGUGCCGUAGCGGGGGCUGCCGGAGGCACUAUCUGUGGGUAAUAUUGUCCCCAAGCAGCGCUAAGGUGUCAGAGGGGAGACAGGGCAGUGGCAGUAGUG